AUGAGAGCGGGAAAAAUCUUUAUCAACGAUCUCAAGGCCAUGGGCGUGUUGGAGAAAGUCAAGACAGUCAAGAUCACGUUGUAUGGUUCACUGGCAGCGACGGGCAAAGGACAUCAUACGCCUCAAGCCAUUCUUCUCGGACUCGAAGGCUCUGACCCCGAAACGAUUGAUACUGGUACUAUUCCAUCUCGAUAUUCGAGUAUUCUGGAGCAUAAACAGCUCUUAUUGGGCGGCUCCCACCUAAUCCAUUAUGACUCGGAUAGGGACAUGCUAUGGCGUUUCGAUCAAGUUCUGAAGACACAUCCCAAUGGAAUGAGGUUUAUGGCAUUCGAUAACGAAGGUGAUCUAAUUGCCACAAAUGAAUACUUCAGUGUCGGAGGAGGUUUCGUUGUCAACGAGAAGACGAAAGUUGGCGAAAAUCUGUUUUACAAGGGCGUGGACAAACGUGCUGUACACGGCGCGCGAUUGCACCAAACUCAUUCUCUUACGGAUCCGGCCACCCACCCAACCUCGAUUCACAGCCCUGCCCUGGAAACAGAAGCACUCUCAACCAAUGACGAUGAAGCAAAUAAUACCUCAGCUGAACAUCCGCCCUAUCCUUUUGUCUCGGGGAACAGCCUAUUGGCAUUAACGCAGAAGCAUAACAUGACCAUAGCACAGAUUGUCUAUGACAACGAGAAGUAUUUCGGAUAUACUGAUGAUGAUAUUCACGAUAAGCUGAUGCGCAUAUGGCAAGUCAUGGAUGAAUGUAUCCAUACUGGUGUCUCUUCUUCGGAACGAACGCUGCCUGGCCGUCUUGGCCUGCGACGUCGUGCUCCGAUGUUGUAUAGGCGGCUCAUGAGAGGCUUCUACCCAGGCAUCUCCCAACCAACUCUGCCCGCAAUAGCCGGUGCAACGGCUUCAUCCUCUGAAAAGAACCCAGGGUCGCAAAAGCUUGCUGAUAUGCGCCGGAAGCGAUCUCCAGCUGCUAGGGUUGUCGGCUCCUUUGAUCAUGCUGUUUUGCCAAUGCCACCAAGGAAAACAGUUAUUCCAGCCAUGGAUUUCCUAUCGUGUUAUGCUAUUGCCGUCAACGAAGUCAAUGCCAGCGGCGGACGUAUCGUCACAUCGCCUACGAACGGUGCCGCGGGUGUCAUUCCGGCCGUUCUUAAGUACAUCCUCGAGUUUGUCAGUGAUGACCCAGAGAAGAGCAUCACAACAUUCUUAUUGACCGCAGCAGCCGUUGGUAUGCUGUUUAAGCGGGGAAGCACUAUAUCGGCUGCAGAAGGCGGAUGUCAGGCGGAGGUUGGAGUCGCGUGUUCGAUGGCGAGUGCCGGGUUUGCAGCGUGCAUGGGAGCUUCGCCGGAGACUGUACUUCAGGCUGCGGAGAUAGGCAUCGAACACAAUCUCGGGCUAACGUGUGACCCCAUCGACGGGCUUGUCCAGGUUCCAUGCAUCGAACGUAAUAGUCUUGGAGCUGUGAAAGCGGUCACCGCCGCCCAGCUUUCCAUGGCGAGUGAUGGCGUGUACAGCGUCACCCUAGAUGAGGCGAUCGAGGCCAUGAGGCUUACGGCCACGGAUAUGAGCGUCAAAUACAAGGAGACUAGCAUGUCGGGACUAGCGCUAAACGCGACGAUGAUGAUAAGGGCGGAGAUUGCGCAUGAUCCUCCAUAG